GAUGUCAGUUGUCAGCUGGCCAGUGUUCAGGGAGACGCGGAUUUGAGUCUGAAAGAGUGCGAAAGCUGCCGUCUGGGCCACUCUGACUGUUACACUCGCCAGCAGCAGCCCUUUCACAUAAUCCGAGAAUGUUUUUGUAGUUUUCAUAAUCCCCGCGCGCUCGUGUUUGGCCUCGCGCUUUAAAGCGUUAAAGUUCAGAUCGUAAACUGCUGUAACUGCCGUUAAACUCAGUGCCUUUCAUGAUGAGCAGCGUUUCCAGGUUCUAGGUGAUUCAGUCCUGCAGCUGUGCAUCUGGCCUGAAAAGCAGUUGCUUAAUUAUCUGAAGAACUGAGGGGCUGUAAUGGUUAUCCAAAUCAACCUCUGAAUUUCUGUCAGGCUUUACUUCUUUGAACGAUGUUCACGGGUGGCCUUAAGUUUCCAGUGAGAGGCUAACCCUCUGUUGUGUCAGACUGAACUCCGGAGCCGAUAUGGCAGAUCCCUCUGUCUUCGUAACAGAGAGCGUGAGGCCCACCCUGGCAACGACAGACAGCUGUGUGCUGGAGGUCAGGAAGAAUUAUGAGGUCAUCCCGUCAGUAGCCUGCUCCAUGUGCUUCAUACUGGGAGUUGUCUACUGCUUCUUUGGGUACCGCUGCUUUAAGAUGGUGAUGUUCCUGUCAGGCCUGGCGUUCGGGACUGGUGUUGGUUACCUGCUGUGCCUUAGGGAGCAGUUGCUGGACUCGCCGCUGGACGCAGAGACGCGGGCAGGCAUCUCUCUGGGCAUUGGCUUGCUGGGUGGACUGGUGACUGUUUUGGUGCGCUGCGUGGGUCUCUUCCUCACCGGCCUCCAGCUGGGCCUCUUGCUCUCUGUCUCCACACUGGUGGCAACUGGACAGUACUACCCCAUCUUCAAUCCAGUGUGGGUUCCUGUGGGCUCAGUCCUGGGCACAAGCGUGUUCUUUGCUGUGCUAACACUGUGCUGGCAGAAAGCCAUGACAAUUGUUGCUACGGCGACACUGGGCGCCGCCAUUAUAACAGCAUGUGUGGAUUACUGCGUGGAGACGCCAAUGGCAGUGUUGCGGGCAUAUGUGGGGCUGCGGACUGACCAGCAGGAAACAAUGUGCUGGUAUAGCUGGGCAAUGGUGGGAGUGUGGCCUGCAGUAGCUGCUUUGGGGAUACUAGUGCAGCGCAAAUUCACAGCUAAAGGACUCUCGCACUCUGAGGUGAUUGUGAGUGGUAAACAGAAGCAGGUUCAGCUGAUGAGGAUCAGAGAGAAAGAUGCCCAUCGGCGACCAGAAGGAACAUACCGCCGAAGACCCCCACCCCUCAAACGCUAUGCAGGAGACGUGCUGGCCCCGAGCUACCUGGCAAGCCUGCGCGAGCGGCAGAUGAGCACAGGGUCGUCUAUGAGCAGCCUGAGCACAGUCCACCACACCAUGAUCGACUUCGAUUACGAGACUGGAUCCAUGGUGCCUCUGACAGCCUCGUCAUCUGCAGUGCUCAGAGUGUGAACACACAGACAGAUGCACACACAUACAGGCCUCAGACCCAGGGACCUUUAUUUUUAUGCACUGUAGAUUCUGGGGAAGAUUCCCUAGAGCUAAUUGCCAGCUGAGGUAAACAGACUGCAGGAGUGCUACAGAGACAAUGUGUAGACCACAGGGACAAAAGAAGAGAGUCUGUGGAGUCUGCAGCGUCAGCUCAGCACUAAAAACAACACUGGAUCUCCUCAGGACUGCAUGCAUUAAUGGCAAAAAGCACAAAUACUAACUUAAACCUCAAACACUAACCAAUACUUCAAAUCAAGAGCAUUUAGGAAUUAGUACUAGAUGAUGCUAACUUGUAUUCAGAUUCAAAAGUGCUGUCUAAGCUGAUGAACUGGAAACUGUAUUCUGUAUUUCGACAGAUAUUCGGUUUCUAGCCAUUAUAUCACCUUAUAUCUCUGACCUCAACUGUGAAUAAGGUGCUUCAUAACCACCUUUAUUCGCUUUCUCUGGGGAACUGGUGAAAUUUACACAGCUGUAUCCCCUUGUGGCUGUAUGAAUAUAUUUACCCAUCUAGAAUGAUUUAUUUGACACAAAAAUAAAACAGUGCUACUCAUA